UUCUAAGUAGUUGUAACUUUUUAGAUCGUUUGUUCCCAGUGUGCUACUUAUCAAUACAAGAAAGAAAUAGGAAAAACACAAGCUUCGAUAAAAAUGGAAGGAUUUAAUAUAUUUUGUUUCGCUGUAAUAGAAUUUAUGUUGUAUAGUACCACGUUCAUGGCAAUCACAGAAGAACCAAUGUGUACGUCAAGGUUUGACUAUGAACAUAAAUUGUUACACAAAAUGAUAAUGUUGGAGAUUGAGCAGAAUAAAGUCAAAGAUAGGACGGAAGAACUCAGUAAAGUUUUACAGGAACAGAAAGAAGAUGGCAUCCAAGAGAGGUCAACGCUGGACAACAUUGUCAGAAGACUGACGAAGAUGGAAAAGAUUCGUUCAUCUGAUGGAACGGGAAACACAUAUGUUCGUUGGGGAAGAACACAGUGCCCCGAAAAUGGAACAGAGUUAGUGUACAGGGGUUAUGCUGCCGGAUCUCAUUAUAACGAUCAAGGGGCAUCUUCAAAUUACCUAUGCCUGCCCGAGGAGCCUUUGUGGGACGUAUACGAAGAUUCCGAGCAGGCUGCGGGCACAGUGUGGGGAGCUGAGUACGAGUUGCAUAGUCGAAAUAUGGACAACUUCUUCAGAAAGAAAGUACUCGAUCAAGAUGUUCCAUGCGCUGUGUGUCGAACCAUGCGAACAGGUGUUCUGAUGAUUCCAGGUCGUAAUAAAUGCUUUGACGGCUGGACGUUGGAAUACGGAGGCUAUCUAUCAAGUGGUCAUGUUCACCAUCAUGCAUCCGAAUUUGUAUGCCUAGAUAGGGAUCCAGAGGUAUUUGAUGGCGGUGCAUCUAACGAGAACGGGAAGUUAUUUUAUUUCGUUGAAGCACGCUGUGGAUCACUGCGAUGUCCGCCGUACGUGAACGGACGCGAGCUUACAUGUGCUGUUUGUUCUAAGUAGCUUGAACCGAACAGGCAACUGAUCUGUCUCUUACAAUCAUUUCAAGAAUAUAAACAAGAUUAGUGAUUGUAUAUAGUAUAACAAUAUAGUGUAACUUUUACAAAUAUUCAGUUUCUCUCAAGAAGCAUCAUACUCGAACAUGAAUCAAAUUUGUCUUGGCGAUAUGAACGUUUAAACACUCAUUUCAUUCUUGAAAAUUACAUUUAUUUAUUUAUUUGGGUUUUAUGGCGCACCAACACAGUAUAAGUCAUAUGGCGCCAAACAGGACUACAAAUUUUGGUUUCACAUCUCAUUUACAUCGAAAUAAAAACAUGAGGUAUGGAAUCAAAAAUUACA